AUCUAUUUCUCGUCCACCCUGAAGGGGGUGGAACUUACCAACAUUUGUUAUGGAAGAUGUCAUUCGUGAGAGGAGCUAUGAUAACUGCGUCAAUGUCAAAAAUGUUGCGCAUUGCUAGGGCGUCUGCUCUUCUGAACAACCUUAGUGUGAGCCAGCAGUUACACCGGCUGCCUCUAAACGCCACAGCGGGGCUCCAGCACUUCAGUAGCGCCUCAGCCCAGGAGAAGACAGCAGUGUCCGGUCCAUCUGAAGAUAACGUUCAUCUCACUGAGUCAUGUGUAAAGAGACUAGGGGAGAUCAUGGAGAAGGGAGAGUACCUGAGAAUACAUGUGGAGGGAGGAGGCUGCUCUGGGUUCCAGUACAAGUUUUCUGUUGAUAGUAACAAGAAUGAAGAUGAUAGAGUGUUUGAGCAAGGAGGAGUGGGCAUUAUUGUGGACCAGGACAGCCUUGAGUUUGUGAAAGGAGCCACGGUGGACUUCAGCCAGGAGCUGAUCCGCUCCACCUUUCAAGUGCUCAAGAAUCCUCAAGCCGAUCAUGGCUGCUCCUGUGGCAGUUCCUUCUCUGUCAAACUAUGACCCUGCUUCCCUGUUACCUGCAUUAAUAUCACUUCAUACACUAAUUUUCCAGGUUAUUAGGGUACACAUGUACAAAAUACAAUAAAUUAUUCCAAACAUUUCAGCCCACUCUAGCACAACCAGUUACCAUCGAGAUCAAUCAACACCUCUCUGGUAGAAUUUAUUUCAGUACUAUUAUAUGGAAUUGUCUAUAACAAUAGAUGUGUACCUUAAAACUGGUAAGUAAGGGUAUUAUGUAAUAUUGAACUAUCUCUGAUACUUCAAAUUCCUAAUCAGUCUGCUAAUAAUACAUCAUAAUACAUCAUCAUUAGGUGAGUGUGAAAUUACUUGAAAUGAGUGAAAGGCAGAGGUAUUGAUUAGUCACUGCAGACAGUGACAGUCAGCAAUGUUCACUGACAGCAGAGUUCACAAUAUUCAACUGUAUUUUGUAAUGUCCGAAGAAAACAAAGGCUCAGUUAAUGUGUUUGGAGUGUUCAGUGCUUAGAUUUGCCUUUGUAUGUAAAAUAUGUAAAUAAACCACAUCUAUGAAAUGAAAGAGCUAAGCUAUAUUCUAUUUGUUUCACUGCAAAUAAAACUGAGUGAAUAUCAAA